UAAUACUGUAUUCCACUGCCGGCAGACAAUACGUAUACGUGAGUGUGUAUAUAUAUGGUUUUAGGAGUGGGUUGCCCUUUUCAGAAUCCCAUAUUGUUCGUUACUCGUUAUCCAUUUAUGAUUUUAUCCAUCGCUUCUCAGUCUUGAUAAAAUUAGGGUUUGUUUGGUGAGGUGUGGAUCGAUUUCUUUUCUUUUCUUUCUCUCUCUAGAUCAUAUAGAUAUAUGGGUGAAGAAAAACAGCAAGAUUUGAAAGGGAAGGGGAAGGGGAAGGGGAUGGAAGAGUUUGUCAUCAAGGUCUGUGAAUCAUCCAUGGAAUCAUCCUUGUCUUCCUCGUCGUCGUCGCCGGAGGUGGACGACGACGAUGGAUCGUCGUCUUCCUCGUCGUAUUGCCGGCGGACUUCGUGCGGGCCUCUCUAUGAAUUGUCUCAGCUAACGGAUCAUCUUCCGAUCAAAAGGGGGCUUUCGAAGUUCUACAAUGGGAAAUCGCAGAGCUUUGCUUCCAUGGCGGACGUGGAGAGCUGCGCGAAAGAUCUGGCGAAGAAAGGGAACUGCUACAACAGGAAGAUGAAAUGGAGCAAGAGCUAUGGCGGAAAUCUGAAUCAGCAGAUUAGAUUAGGGCCCAAACCCUUCAUCGCUAAGAGAUCUCCCAGAAGAUCGUUUUCGACUUCUUUAGCUGUUGAUAGCUUCUGAUCUCAUGUCAAGUUUGGCUGUCUGACCCAUUCCCAGUGAUUCUUAAUUAAUUAACAAAAACAACGACAACAACAGACUGUUCUUUUGUUUAAGGAGCUUUGCUUGUUUCUGUUUUACUGCAACUGGCACAUUGACAAUGCCCUUUCAAUCAUAAAAAGGAAUACAUUAUUGUUGAAACCCUUCUUCUGUGCCUUUCUGAUAAAAAUGCAAUCAUUUUUUUUUUUUUAGCCCACAGAUCGGAAGGGAGCUUUAUUGGGUGGUUGUUCUUACAGUGGUUAAGUUAUAGUGAUUAAUUAUUUUAUAUUGUGCAUAUAUAUAAAAUAUUUAAUUAAAUUGUCGAUCUUAUCCGUUUGCCAAACAUCACACAACGUAUGUCCAUUCAUUUCCAAACCUACUAUAUAAACAGUUCACGGAGCAGUGCAUUUUCCCCAAUUCAUCCUCGAUUAGGGUUUUUGAAAAGGCGAAUAUGAAGAACAGCAACUCCGGGAAGGGUUCCAAAUCGGGUGGCAGGGACGUGAGGAAGGAUCGCAGAUCGAACACCGGAAUGGUUGGAUCGCCGAAGAAAGGCGGCCACGGCGGGAAGUUCACCUGGGAGGGCGACGGCUACUCGAGCUUUGAGCUUGGACGGGCGGAGAAGGGAGCCAUGGAUGACAAGGAUCCCAACUUCGAUGAACCAGAGGCUGUGGUUGAGAUCGCGGCGCAAUGAUCGGAUCUGCACUCGGUUUCGGUUUCGGUUUCGAUUUCGAUUUCCUGCCCUGAUUUAUACCUGAAUCUUCUCUGCAUCUGUUAGAUCGUGUAAAUAUUUGUUGUUACCUUCUGUGAACUUUUACGUCGGCGACCAUGACCAUGGAUCUGCUGCUCAUGGAUUGCCUCUCUUCCUUCAUUGUAGAUUCAAUAAACGUUGAUUGGUGUUCUCGUCA